AUGGACAGGACCAGUUGGAUUCGAUUGUGGGAGGCUAACAUUCCGCCUAAGCUAAAGGUUUUUGUUUGGCAAAUUUUUAACAGGAUUCUGCCUACUACUGAGGCUCUUCGAGAGAAAGAUGUUGAGAUACAUCCCAGGUGUCCAGUUUGUUGGGAAGGGACUGAGACAAUGGAACAUUUGUUUCUGGAUUGUCCGGUGGCCCGUGCCCUUUGGGAUUAUGCAGGACUGGAGCACUUAGGUCAAGGGUUGCCCAGGCAUACUUUCCCUCUCUUUCUUAAGAACUUACUGGCAGUGAUUCCCCAACCAGACCUAUUGUUCGCAGUGGUGGCGGUCCUAUGGCGAAUUUGGCGAUCUCGGAAUUGGGUAGUCUUUGAAGGAAAGCAGUUUGGGUUCCCAGCUUUGAUGAGACAAUACAACCAGCAGCUGGAUGAAUGGGUACGUCUCCCAACUGACCCGAUCAUGGCUAUGGGAACUCCUGUGCCGGCAUUUUUGAACCCAGUUCCUCCUACUGCAGUAAUAUGUAUGUGGGAUGGGGCAACUCGUCAUGGGUCUCACUCGGCGGGUGGGAUGGUAAUCAUGACGUCGGCUAGGGAGAUUCUGAGGGUUAAAGGGGUUCAGUUUCAGUGUAUCGAUGACCCUUUGGUGGUGGAAGUUCUUGCCCUCCGGGAGGCAAUUUGGAGGUGUUUGGAGCAGGGAUUCUCGACGGUGCUCUUUGAAGGUGAUGCCAAGGUCGUCAUUGAUAAAAUCAAUCGAGCAGAGAACGGGGAUUCUCGGAUGGGGGCUGUGCUUGAAGAAAUAGUUUCAUAUUUUGCCUUUCAUUCGGGGUUUAGUGUGCGAUUUGUAGGUCGGAGUCACAAUAGGGUAGCCCAUAUGGUGGCUAGAAAAGCCCUUUCAUUGUUUCCGAUUACGUGUCGUGUUUUUGAUUUUCAGGCCUGGCUGAAUUCCAGGAUGUAG